AUGUGCCGUCUUCAACAACAGAGGUGUCGGAGGGGAAGAGCUGUUGACCCCGGUCACCUACUGCGCUGCCAACACUUCAGAUCUCGAUCGAGUGAUGAGACACAUCAAAGAACUUUAUCCUCACGCUCCUGUGCUUGGUGCUGGUGUAUCUAUGGGAGGUAUGAUAUUAUUAAACUACCUGGCCCAUAAGCGCACAGAGUCCGGAAUGGUAGCAGGAAUCACCAUCUCUGUCGCCUGGGAUGCACAGAAGUCGUCUGAUUCCAUGGAGGAGCCUCUGAACUGGCUUCUCUUCAACAAACACCUCACACGUGGCCUGUGUCGAACCGUCACCAGACACAGGAAGAUCCUUGAGAAGGUGGUGGAUAUCGACUAUGUACUGAAAGCACGGACCAUCCGUGAGUUCGAUGAGCGCUUCACGUCUCUGCUGUUUGGUUAUAAGUCUUGUAUAGAUUAUUACCGUGAUGCCAGCCCAGGCAUGAAACUCCCACAUACUGCCGUUCCAAUCCUGUGUCUCAACGCUGCUGAUGACCCCUUCUCUCCCCAGCAUGCUUUCCCGGUGCCUAUAGUCCAGAGCCUGCCGAACGUCGCCCUUCUGCUCACGGCGCACGGCGGACACAUCGCCUUCUUGCAGGGUUUGUUUCCGCGCGGUGAGAGCUACAUGGAGCGCCUGUUUGGCCAGUUUGUUCGAGCAGCCUUUGAGCACCAGAGGGACAUCAAGAAAGCUUGUGGCGUCGAGUAGAACCGAAAGUGUAAAUAACACCGUCUCUGCAAACCGGGAAACAAAGUCUCAGAAAUGUGCUGCUUAGCCUUGCAUGCCAUUAUUCAUUCUUAUACACGUUUGUUUGUUUUCAGUGAAGUUAUUGCACAAUUGUUAGACAUUAGAGCAGGUUUGUUAAUCUACCUCCUCACCAUCUCAAGUUCUCCCUCUGCAGACGGUCAGAGGAAGUUGUCAACAGGUGGUGAACUCAUUACGGUGGCCCUAAGGUGUAAAUGAACAACAUUUGAAAAAACAGAAUUACAUUUGAAAAAAUGUAAUCACAUUAGAGAAAUUGAAUUACAUUUGGAAAAAACGGAAUCACAUAAAAAAAAAAAAUGGAAUCGCAUUAGAAAACAUGGAAUUGCAUUAG